UGUGGGCAGCGCUGUGGGGGACUUUGCCCAUUGCCCCUAUCACUGCCUCCCGCUUCGGUGCCGCCGGCGCGACAUGUACAGGCCGGGGGGGCAGUCAGAGGGGGUCCUGUAGGCAGUUUGAAGGUGCUGAGUGCAGUGCUCCGGCUCCCACUGCACCGCUUGUGCCCAGGCCUCCGGAGUCCCCUGGGCAGCCAUCAAGCCAUGGCGGUGUCCCUGGGGCCGAAGCCACUGGUGGCCGUGGGCCAGGUGACCUCCACUCCCGACAAGGAGCAGAACUUCUCUGGCUGCGCGGCACUGGUGCGGGCAGCAGCACGACGGGGAGCGUGCCUCGUCUUCCUCCCUGAAGGCUUUGACUACAUCGGUCGUGACUCCGCGCAAACGCUCAGCCUGGCUGAGAGCCUGGACGGUGAGCUGAUGGCACGCUACUCCGCGCUGGCCAGGGACUGUGGUGUGUGGCUGUCCCUGGGCGGUUUCCACGAGCGUGGGGCAGACUGGCCGAGCACGCAGCGCAUCUACAACUGCCACGUCCUCCUGGACCCCACAGGUGAGCCCCCCCAACCCUGCCCCAUGGAGGGGGGUCCUGUGACAUGUCCCCCUACUCCCUGUGCUCCCUUGUUGCUUGCAGGGCGCUUGGCAGCAGCCUACAGGAAGACUCACCUGUGUGACGUGGAGCUGGAGGGCCGUGUCACCAUGAAGGAGAGCAGCUUCACCAACCCCGGCACCGAGAUCGUGCCCCCCAUCAGUACUCCAGCAGGAAGGCUCGGGCUUUCCAUCUGCUACGAUCUGCGCUUCCCUGAGAUCUCGUUGGCGCUGCGGCACGCUGGUGCCGAGAUCCUCACCUACCCCUCAGCCUUCACCUUCCCCACAGGCUCUGCACACUGGGAGGUGCUGCUGCGGGCGCGUGCCAUCGAGACCCAGUGCUACGUGGUGGCGGCGGCACAGACGGGUCGGAACCACGAGGGCCGCGUGUCCUAUGGCCACACACUGGUGGCAGACCCCUGGGGGACAGUGGUGGCACAGUGCAGUGAGGGACCGGGGCUCUGCUAUGCCGAAAUUGACCUUGAGUACCUGCACCGUGUGCGCCGCGAGAUGCCGGUGCAGAGUCACCGCCGUGCCGACCUCUAUGGGACUGUGGGGCUGUAGGCAGCACUCUCAGCCCCAUAGCAACCCACAGCUGGGCUGGGUCUGCUGUUUGUCCCCCAGAAUAUUGGAGUGAACACAUGUUCGAGGCUUUGUGGCGUCCCUGGUGCUGGGGGUGUCACCAGAGAGGCAAAGGAAAGAGCUGUGCACUGCUGUAGAUGUUUAUUUCAAGAAAACCGAAAGCUACACAGGGAAUAUGACUGUUAUAUUGAAGUUUUAAAAAAUACAGAAGUCACAGAAAUUA